GGACAACUUUCACUCACUCUCAUUGUUCCGCAUGGCUCUGGCUUUGCGCAACAGCUAGACUGUGCACACUGUGUCUUGGAAGAAACUGGUGGGAUUUUUGGAAAAUAAGACACGGCAACAGCAAACAGAAAGACGAUUUUAGGAUUUGUUUUCAAGACAUUAAUCUCCUUGUGCCAAUGAUGAUCUCUGCGCGCGUUUCAGGGUAACCUCUUCUUGCCGUGUAUACAGCUGAAGGCUAUAGGUGGAGGUCCGACGCGUCAUCUGAAAUUCUCGUUUAACGUAGAGAUGGAUCUGUGGGGAGUUUAUCUGUUUCAUCUCGUAACUUUAGCUCUGUUAGAGGUUAUCCUGGCUGGCAGAGACUGCUUGGUGGCUGGAGACUCGUGCUCCAGUGAUGAAACUUGUAGCCCACGCCUACGGACUUUGCGUCAGUGUGUGGCGGGUAACGGCAGCGUGAAGCUGGGGCCCGGUGCCAGGAGCCAGUGUGCCAAUGCCGUGUCCGCCUUGCUGUCCAGCCCCAUGCAUGGCUGCCAGUGUAAACGGGGCAUGAAAAAGGAGAAGAACUGCUUGAGCAUCUACUGGAGCCUUCAUCAGUCCAUCAUACAUGGGCUCAACCUGGUGGAGAGUUAUCCCUAUGAGACGGUGCAUAAGGAUUACGACUACGUCCGCUUGGCCUCUAUUACAGCCGACUCCGAUGUUGGCAUGACAACUGUGAAUCGCUGCCUGGAUGCGGCCAAGGCUUGCAAUGUGGAUGAUUUGUGCCAGAAGCUCCGCACAGAAUAUGUCUCAGCUUGCAUCAAACCCACGGCCAAGUCCGGCCUGUGCAAUCGGCAUAAAUGCAACAAGGCUCUGCGCAGGUUCUUCGACCGCGUCCCCGCCGAUUACACGCACGAGCUGCUCUUCUGCCCCUGUACGGACACAGCAUGCGCAGAGCGUCGGAGGCAGACUAUUGUACCCAGCUGCUCCUAUGAAAGCGUGGAAAAGCCCAACUGCAUUACACAGAUGAGGAUCUGCAACGCGGACUAUGUGUGCAGGUCUCGCCUGGCGCAGUUCCAGUACGACUGUGAACCCUCCAAAACGUCUACCAAUGGCUGCAACCAAGGGAACUAUGGAGCCUGUCUCCUCGCCUACACAGGGCUCUUAGGAAGCACAAUAACUCCCAACUAUGUCGACAACUCAACGUCCAGUGUGGCCCCGUGGUGCUCCUGCUCGGCCAGUGGCAGCCGGAGAGAAGACUGUGAUCAUUUCCUGGGAUACUUCAAUGACAACAUAUGUCUCCGGAAUGCUCUCAUGGCGUUUGGAAGUGAAUCAGACCAGCAGCCAACCGUCAGCCAGUCCAGUUCACCCGGCCCCGGCCACAGCAGCAGAGAAAACAGGAGCACCGCAUCUCCACCAGACACCAUAGAAACAAUGAAGAACAUUCUGGAUACAAUAAUACCAACACAGGCCCUGGGAAAUGAACUACUCGUGGGCCAGUCCACCCUGUCAUCCAACAGCCUCUCAAACUCUGCUUCAGCUCCCAGCUUAUUGCUUCAAGCUGCCUUCAGCCUUCUGUUGUUGCUCCUUCAUCUGCUCAACAAUGGACACUGAAGACUGCAGGGGAUCGUGCUGAUGACCUUCCGAGUACCAAGCAGAUGGGAGGGCCAGUCGGUUCAGGGGAAAAUGGACCGUGCGGCGUUACUGCUCCCACUAAACAUGUACAGCAAUUCUGUUUCUCUAUUUUUGUGUCUAAGUGGUCCAGUUCCACCUGCCGGUGUUCUCACUCAGACUGUGGAGGCCUCUGCAGAGCGAGGCCAGUCUGUACAUUUGUACAUUGUCGUUGCGAUCAAACCAAGCCGAAACGAAGUCAGAGUGCCGCUUUUGUGGAAUAGCGUAUCUCAAAGCUAUCCAACUGUAUCCAUUUUCAAGAGUUAUUAUGUAAAUAUACUGCAGACUUGUAUGAUACAAAAAGACAUGAAGUAUGUCAGUACCCUUGAAGAUUUGUAUCGUAAACCGAAGCUCUUGUUUGCAAUCGUGUAUGGGAAAAUGGUCGGCGUGAACUGUGUGUCUUCUCUGUUUUCAGCAAGCGGCAUGAUUGGAAAGCUUCUGGAGUAUAUGGAGCUUUAAUAUCACUGUCUUCAAGUGACUGAAAGAGAAACAUACAGGAAUUAUGGCGACACAGAGAGACUGAAUAGAGCUCCUUUUGCUCAGACAUCCAGGACAAACACUAUAAUUCUUACAUGUCCAGCAGCACCAUCUAGAAAACAUGUGGCAAGCAGAGCACACAAGAUAAACGGUGACGUUAAUUGUCCUCUCCAUCAAGACUGUUGCCCGUUGGCAAACUAUCUCACACCACUUUAUUUGUUCCUGCUCAAGCUCCAGCAGGCGUUCAUAGACAAUUAGUCCUGGAUCUCUAGACAAGCUCUUGGACUGGAAAAAAAUAAUCAGAAAAGCAGUAACUUUGUUACCUGUAGUUGCUGUACUAUGUGUUUGUGAGCGUAAUACCCUUUUAUUUCUCACUGUGUCCAGUGAACAUUGCUGCGGCACUCUGAGUGUUUGUGCCAGAGAGCGAAAUGAAGGAUUUGACUUAUUGAGAGAUGCCAACUUGCAGCACGGAGCCCGUUUGAAAUGAGACAGUUAUGAAUGAUUCAGUAUUUUCUGUUGUGGGAACGUGCCAGUGAAUUAUGAGCAGGACCAGAGGUGCUGCAAAUAAAGGUUCUCAGAUCAUUACGUUUA